GCAAUAAAAACAAAGCUGAAAGCAAGCCUCUUUGCAAUAUUUUGUAAAACUCAGCAUACAUUUUAAAACUUUUAGAUUUAUUUCUAUAUAUAAGUAGGCUAGAGCAUAUUUAUCUGCAACUUGUAAGUCCAACUGGAAAAGGAGUGGGUGCUGCUUUGUCGGAGAGGAGAUGCAUUAAAAUUCAUUUUUAUCAUUGGUAGUGCCAGGUUGUGGUUGCAUAUUCUGCAACGAAUUGUUCUUGUUCCUGAAUAAGAUUAUUUGGAAUAUUUAUUUAUCCCUAAUAUUGGCACAUGAUAAAAUAAGGAAAUUUUGGUGGACAAAGAAAUUGCAACAGCAGGCUAUUGGUGCCUCAAAUAUCUUCUUUUGCCGUUCAACAGUUAUUUGUCAUUGUCCCCUAUUCAAAGUUGUCCAUUGUUAAUUCAGCCUAUCAUCAAAUAUGGAUAAUGCUCUUCAAUCGCAUUGCAACUGCCGCAAAUGCACUAGUUUAACAUUGAAACAGCGGAUUGGAGUCAUACAUGAGUACGAAUCACAUCGCUCCAAAAAACCUAGCAUAAAAAGUUUAGCCUCCAAAUUUGAUUGCUGCUAUUCGGAAAUCAAAAAAAUCCUUCUCAAUCGUGACGCCAUCAUUUUUGCCUACAAAUCUAUGGGCAGACAGAAACUAGCCAAUUCGAAUGAGAUGCCGCCGCAUCUCACUCCAGAAAGACUGGAAAAGCUGGAGUUCUUUGGAAAGGUCAUGUUUGAAUACAUACAACGUGUUAUGUACUGCAAGUAUGCCAUUAACGAACAAAUAGUACUGAAAAAGGCAAUUGAAAUCAAGCAUCAUAUGUGUAUGACUUUCUUUGAUCCGGGCGAGAAAUGGUUGGAAAACUUUAGAAUUACAUAUGGCUUAAUAGGAUUCGAUCCACAAUCUCUGCGCCUUAGCAUACAAUUGGAUGAAACAAAACGGCCCCAUUUGAGCGCAUCCGAUAUAAUAAAUUAUGUGAAGCGUAUGGAGCGGAUAGAAGAGAUAAAUCAAUGUAAUGGUGGCUCACCUUCCUCCUAUGGGGAGAUGAAAAACAAUGAACACAUUCUUCCUGAUAAUGAGUUGUACGAUGAUAUGAACGGCGAUGAAGAACAUUCCCAACAAAGGAGUUCUCAAAACCAUCUACCACCAAGCAACCAUACUUCUAACCAAUCUGCUGAACAUGAGAACUCAAAUCACUUUCCUUUAGAACCAUCGAUUGUAUAUGAAUGCAACGACGACGACCCCCAAGAUUAUGGUAAUUCCUACUCAAAUAGUCAUUACGAGCAGCAAGAUAACCAUGUAAACAACAAAAAGCGUUCAUCAAAUCUUACAGGCAUCGAAUCGGUGGAGGAGGCUUUGGAACAUUUAAAAUUACUCGAAGAGUAUGCAAUGCUACAAGACAAUUUUCGUGCUAUUGGUCUACUAACUCAAUUGGAGCAAUGCUUUACAAAGCAAUCAAGAACAGAAUGAGUUUCCUACGUUACUAAGCUGGAUUUGGUAUCAAGUGAGAAACUAACUACGUACUAAGUACUAAUUGUGUACUAGCCAUUGAUGCAAAUACCGCCAGAAAAGUAUGCUUGUGUCCAACAUGAAAUACUAUAUCAAUGGUGAUACACAGAUUUGUACUCUUAAAUAUUAUAGUGCGGUAUUUCGACGCUAUAUCAAGAGUAAAAUGUUAAUAUUUUAUACAAGAAAAAACAAAACAAAAACAUAGUAAGAAUAAUUUUAUAAUUGUUAAGGAUAAUGACAAAUAAAUAAUCCAUUCCCUUUAAAAUAGUAUAACUUAA